CAUCAUUUGAUUCCUGAGAGCAAGAACAGUUCAAUUCCAAAAUAUGAAAGUGCAGCAUGGCUACUGCAGGGACAUCAACUCACUUGCUGAGAUUUGUGACCAUUUUGCUCAUGAACGUUUGUGUGAUGGACUCACAAGGAUUGCCUGAACCUACAGAUGUCAUUGUACAGACUGAUGGAGAACUCAAAACAGAAAAACUAGAAUACACUAUAACUUUAUCAAUGACCAUAGAUACAACAUUUGACAACACACUCACGAACAAAAACAGUCAAAUGUACCAAAAAUACAGCAAAGACAUCACAAGUUCAGUUGACGGUGCUUACAGUGGCAAACUUUCUUCAUACAAAGCUCAUUCUGCGAAAGUUAUUCAGUUCAGGCCUGGCAGUGUGGUAGCAGACUUCACUAUUGCAUCAACAAGAAAUACACUUGAUUUUAGUGCUGCAAACAGACAAUUAGCUUCUGCUCUCAGAGACAAAGGAUAUAGCGUAAAUGAAAAUUCAUUCGCUCAAACUGUGGAAAACGGCUUAUAUGAUCCAAGCAAAGGCAACAUUUACCCUGGAAAAAAUAUGGUUUUGACCUGUAAUCCUCCAGCCUUAAGUACUGGAGGAAUAACCUGGAGUUUUAAUGAUAUUAUCAUUGGAAGUAGUCCUGCCUAUCUAAUCAGCGCUGACAGAAAAACAAUCACUGUGGAAAACACCAGUGAUCGGCUCAGUGGUAAAUACGCAUGUACAACGACCUUAAACUCAGUUCCCUACAUAAUCUGGCAAAGGAUAGUAAUUCAGCCAUUGCCCAAUAUCAGAGUGACCACCUCAAAAACUGUGUACUGUGAUGGAUCACCAAUCACACUGGAGUGCUGCGCUGAGAACAGCUACAUGACUAAGUGGAGCCUGUUCACUUCAUCUGGACUGCAGACGCUAACAGAUCCUCCAGAUCUCUAG